UGAUCAAGGGGCAAGGGGCUCAUCUCCUACACACCCAGCUACCCCAUCAUGGCAGCCCAAGACUACCCCACUUCGUCCCUGAGCAUUAACAUAGUCCAAGGGUCCAAGCGGACAGUGGGCUGAAUUGUGCCGGGUACUGCAGAGGGAGCCCGCUCUGGGGACGGUCGGCGGGUGGGCAGCAUGGGAUUCGAGGAGCUGCUAGACCAGGUAGGCGGCUUUGGGCCUUUCCAACUGCGGAAUGUAGUCCUGCUGGCCCUGCCUCGCAUGAUACUGCCCAUGCACUUCCUCCUGCCCAUCUUCCUGGCUGCCGUCCCUGCCCACCGCUGUGCCCUGCCUGGCAUCCCUGCCAACUUCAGCCACCAGGAUGCAUGGCUGGAGGGCUACCUUCCCCAGGAGCCUGACGGCACGCUCAGCUCCUGCCUCCCCUUCGCCCACCCCCAGUCUCCCCCCAACACUACGUUGCGGGGAGAGGGGCAAAGUCCUGCAGAGCUGCAGAGUGAGCCUUCCACCGUGCCCUGCCCUCAGGGCUGGGAGUACGACCGCUCGGAGUUCUCCUCCACCAUUGCAACCGAGUGGGACCUGGUGUGUGAGCAGAAAGGCCUGAACAGAGCCACCUCCACCUUCUUCUUCGCUGGUGUGCUGGUGGGAGCCGUGGCCUUCGGAUACCUGUCUGACAGGUUUGGGCGGCGCCGUCUGCUGCUGGUGGCCUAUGUGAGUGCCCUGGUGUUGGGCCUGGCGUCUGCAGCCUCGGUCAGCUAUGUCAUGUUUGCCAUCACCCGCACCCUCACUGGCACAGCCCUGGCUGGCUUCACCAUCAUCGUGAUGACACUGGAGAUGGAAUGGCUGGACGUGGGACACCGUACCGUGGCAGGUGUCCUGAGCAGCAUCUUCUGGACAGUGGGCGUGAUGCUGCUGGCACUGGUCGGGUACCUGAUACGGGACUGGCGAUGGCUUCUGGUGACUGUCACCCUGCCUUGUGCCCCAGGCAUCCUCAGCCUCUGGUGGGUGCCUGAGUCUGCACGCUGGCUUUUGACCCAGGGCCACGUGGAGGAGGCCCGCAGGUACCUGCUCUGCUGUGCCAGGCUCAAUGGACGGUCUGUGGGUGACAGCCUGAGCCUGGAGACCCUGAGCAAAGUGGCCGCUGGGGAGCGUGUGGUCCGAAGACCUUCAUACCUGGACCUGUUCCGGACACCACGGCUCCGGCACAUCUCACUGUGCUGCAUGGUGGUGUGGUGAGGAGGCAGCUCUGGGCCUGCUGGGGUGGGGAUGGGUGGGGAGGCAGGGGCUGACUCCAGGAUGGCGUGAGUGUGAGAGGGUACACAGGGGACAAGGGAACUAACCUCAGGGCCAUUAAGUCCCGCCCUCUCCAGAGGCUGCACCUCCUAUCCUGAACCCCUUUUCCCUUCAGAGAUGGUGUCGUGGAGCACCACCCUGGCGGUGAUAGGGAAAGGUUUUUCUGAAUCUUCCUUCACCACUGUCAUCCUGUUCACAUCGGAGCUGUACCCUACUGUGCUCAGACAGACAGGGAUGGGACUGACCUCACUGGUGGGCCGGCUGGGAGGCUCUUUGGCUCCACUGGCGACCUUGCUGGAUGGAGUAUGGCCGCCACUGCCCAAGCUCACUUAUGGGGGGACUGCCCUGCUGGCUGCCUGCACUGCCCUCCUGCUGCCAGAGACAAGGCAUGAACAGCUGCCAGAGACCAUCCAGGAUGUGGAGAGGAAGAGUGCCCCAUCCAGUCUACAGGAGGAAGAGAUGCCCAUGAAGCAGGUCCACGACUGAGGGGUAUCAGGGGCAGGUCCUGCACAGAAGCUCUGCAUCAGGGGCUGCGAGAGCAGGGCAGGCCCUGUGACCCGGGAGGGGGGCACUGAGCUCCUGGCCCAGGGCAGGCGUUGCCACCAAUGCCCCUCUCUGUGCUCAUCUAGCCUCCAGCAACAGGGUGACUUCCUAGAAUGCAGUGGGCUGCCGGAGAAUUCUGGCACACCUCUCAUGGCUGGGGCAAUUCUGUAAAUAAAGGUGCCCCUUGGGUUGGGGCAGCAGGAUGGAGCUGUGGAAUGAGCCCUGGAUGGGAAGCCAUCGAGCCUGGCCCUGGAUUCUGAUCCCAAGCUUUGCCACCAAUUUGCUGUGUGACCUUGGGCAUGUGGCUUUCCCUCUGGGCCUCAGUCUGUUCAUCUGUCAAAUGGAUAAUGAAGUCCCUUAACAGACCUCA